UAUGCUAGCAGCUUCCAUCUCUAGAACAGCGGCCUCAGAAAAAAAAGGGGAGAGAUUCGGUAAUUUACGCGUGGAUUUAGCACGCGCCGUGAACCCAGCACUUGCAGCAGCCGCAGAAAAGUCCACCCGAAAUCCUCUUAGUGAUCCUUUCUUGCGCCCGACUCCGGGAACAGAAAACGGGACAUCCGCAUUCACAUUUACCACUCCGUGUGGCGUUUGCGCUCGUCCGUGUGUGUGUGUCUGUGCGUGCCCGUCGCUCGUGUGUGUGUGUGUGAAUUGUCGGCUUUAAUUUUGCAAGCACGCUGAAGUUUGGUUUUGGAAGGACACAAAGGAUUCGCAGGCAGGAAUUAAAGCGCACAAGAUGUCGUACCCGCCGCGGGCGCCCGCACCCUUGCCGCCCUACAUGAAUGCAUCCAUACCGCCGCCUCACAUGAUGCAAAAUAUGGGCAACCAGCCGAGGAACUUCCGCAACUCGGCAACCAUCAGCUCACAGCCGACAGUGUACCAUCGUCCGCCGGAGCCGCAGCCGCAGUUCCGCGGACCAAUCAUCACCGUCUUCGUGGGCAACAUCAGCGAACGCGUCCCGGAGGCGCUGCUCAAACGCAUCCUUGCCACCUGCGGCAUGGUCAUCAACUGGAAGCGGGUCUCCACAUUCGGCUUCUGCGAGUUCGACGGACCAAUUGCAGCAAUGCGAGCUGUUCGCCUGCUCAGCGAGAUGGAGAUCGAUGGCAAGAAGCUGGUGGCCAAGGUGGAUGCCAAGAACAAGGUGCUCAUCGAGGACUACAAAGAGCAAGAGUGCAAGAACGGCGAUCGUUCCAACUCGGUGGACGAGAAGACCGAGGAUGAGUAUGCCAUCAGCCAGAUGCACGAUCUCCUGGAGGAGCACAAGCAUGAGUUUGAAGGAUUCGACGGAAGCAACCGCACCGAUCUGUACGGCAGCACCAGCCGCAACAAGAAGACGCGCCGCGAGGAUGACAUCAAAAUCAAGGUGCUGAACGAUAAUGCCUUGGAGGAGGAGAAGCGCAACCUGAUCAGUAGCGAAAUUGGCAAGUUCCGGAUGCGGGCGGAGGAAGACGAGCACCGCAAGGAGCUGGAAAAGGAGAAGGAAAAGGAAAAGCUGGCGGCCAGCAAGGAGAAGGAACGCGACAAGGAGCGCAAGAAGCACCAGCGCGAAAAAGAGCGCAAGUCCUCGACCAGCAAGUCCAGCAGCUCAUCGACAGCAGCUGUCAGCUCCACUUCCUCCGCGACCACAGCCAGAGCUGCCUCUUCGGCCCCCGCCACCGAAGGCAAUGACGUGGGGGACAAGGUAGAGAAGGAAGCUGCUCCCGCCGUCGGAAAGGACGCGGUUGCCGUAAAGGAAACCAAGGAAUCGUCCUCCACCGGACGCAGUGGUAGCAGUCGCAAGGAGGCGCCUACCAUUGAUAUUACACACAAGGAGCGGCGCUCCGACUCCAAGGAGACGAGGCGUCGUCGCUCGAAGUCCCGCUCCAAGGAUCGGGAGCGAGAACGCGAGCGUGAGCUGCGCGAGCUUCGCGACAAGGAGCGCGAGCGUGAACGCGAAAGGGAACGGGAGCGGGAGCGUGAACGCGAACGCGAGCGCAACGAAAUGCGGGAGCGAGAACGGGAGCGCAACGAGAUGCGGGAACGUGAACGGGAGCGCGAAAGGGAGCGGGAACGAGAGCGGGACCGUGAACGUGAGCGGGAACGCGAGGAGAAGCUGCUGAAGCCAGUCCGAGACUCUCGUCGCGAAAAGGAGAUGGAGGACGAGCUGCGGGAUCGCAAGAAGUCCGAGAAGAAAGCUCGCGAGAAGGAGGCCGCUUACCAGGAGCGCCUGUCCAACUGGGAGAUUCGUGAGAAGCGCAAGGCCAAGGAGAACGAGAAGUACCGCCUUAAAGAGCUGCUGCGACAAGAGGAGCGCGAAACCGAUGCCAAGCGACUGAAGGAGUUCGUCGAGGAUUACGAUGAUGAACGCGACGAUUCACUUUAUUAUCGCGGCCGCGAGCUGCAACAACGUCUGGCGGAGCGAGUGCGCGAGGCCGACGCCGAUUCCAAGGAUCGCGAGAAGGAGGGAGACGAGCUGGCCGAGCUCAAGACCAAGUUCUUUAGCGGGGAGUACGAGAACCCGUCGCUGGAGUUCGAGAAGGCGCGCCGCGAAAUCGAAAAGCUUUACGAGCCGCGCAUCCUGAUCAAUGUGAACCUGGAGUCUACGACUGCGACGACCGCGGCGGUCCACCAGCGCAAGCAAGCCGCCUCGGCGGCGGGAGAAGGCGGUGAUGGCCAAAAGCAGCGGCAGAAGACCCACCAGCUGGACAGCUAUGACCCCGACAUGGCCGGCAUGAAUGACGACUCCAUAUCGAACGACGAUCACGGCUCCAUGGCCGAUACAGCCUCCAACGCCAGUGGCUAUGCCAAGAACAACAACAACGACAAGUCCCUGUCGGACAGUUUGAGUAGGCAGAACAGCGAGUCGCGCGAUUCAUUGGCCCACAUCCACACGCCCACGCAGAGCGCCAUGCUGAAUGACCAGGGAUCGGGACACGACGCCCUGCUACCCUCGGCCACUCCGCCCAUGACUAUGCCACUCAUCUCGCUGACUCUGGGCAACAACCUCAAGAAGAAGAAGAUCGAGGCCACGGGCGUGUUCGUCAAUGACGACGACAACGAUGAGAAUAUCAAUCCCAAGAAGCGCAAGCUGGUGCCGCUAGACUACGAUGACAACAUGAGCAACACCACACCAUCCGCCCAUCCAAGCAGCACCGCCGGCGGAGCGGCGAACAGUAGCACCAGCAACAACAACAGCAGCAGCUCAGCGGAUCGCCAGAGUUCCGCCGUGUCGGCGGCCACCGCUGCAGCCGCUGCCGUUAGCCAGAAGAUCGCCCAGGCGGGCGGCUCCUCUGCACCGGGCUCGGGAUCCGGUUCUGGAGGCUCUGGCUCCGGCUCCGGGUCGGCCACAUCCAAGAACAACGGCAGCGGCAGAGACGGCAGCAGCGGCGGCGGCAACAGCAACAAACAGAACAGCAGCAGCAAACAUGGUAAGAAUGAGGCAGCUGCAUCUGCGAGCAGUAGCGCAGAUGCUGCCGCUACAAACACCAAAAAGGAUGAGAAUGGUGCAAAGGUGUAUGAUGAAAAACGGCGGCAUAUAAAAAGCAUUAUUGACAGGAUUCCCACGCAAAAGGAGGAGCUAUUUAAUUAUAAGCUUGACCGCAACGAGAUUGACAGCGGUCUAAUGGAACGCAAAAUACGUCCAUGGAUCAAUAAGAAAAUCAUCGAGUAUAUCGGUGAGCCGGAGCCGACGCUGGUGGACUUUAUAUGUUCCAAAGUGUUAGCCGGAAGUCCGCCCCAAAGCAUCCUAGACGAUGUGCAAAUGGUACUCGACGAGGAAGCGGAGGUGUUUGUGGUGAAGAUGUGGCGACUGCUCAUCUACGAACUGGACGCCAAGAAGAGCGGCAUUGCGGGGAAGUAGACGGGGACAACUGGGGAACCGGGCGGGAGCGGGUGCGGAUCGAGGGAUCAGACGAGGAGCAACUGCGCGAAUAGACUUUAAGUUACACUUACGGAUUACAACUUUGUAUAUACAGGGCGUGCUCCGGAAAUUGUUGCGGCCAACUGUCGAGCUUUGUUUUCUAACUUAUUUUUCGUGCAAAAAAUCAAAAAAAGAAAUGUAUGAAAUGCGAGAGUUAAAAAACAGAAGCAAAAGCGCAGCCUCAAUUAUUUCUCAAUCCACCUUGUUAGCGUUAAUUGCUAAUAUUAAUCAUCGAUUACUGUAAAUACACACUGAACUCACUUAUAAAAUCACACCAGCAGAAACAGCCACAAGAAAGCCGUACAUAAACAAAAGGAAUGUGUAGCCCAUGUACAUUUCGAUUGGUUUCUGAUCCAAUUUUCCCCCUUUUUUUUGUUGCGGUAUCGAAACUCUCCGUCAUCGUAACAGAUUUUUCUUUCGAAACGAGCGCAAACAGAAAACUGUCUUCAUUUAAAUAAAACAAUGAAAAGAAAAUGCCAAAA